AUGUUAUUCAAGAGAAGAGCCUGCCUGUGGUUGUACCUCAGCACAAGCUUCAUUCUAGGAAGCGAGCUGAGCAGCCCAGAGCACCGCGGUAAAAGUUACUGUUAUCAGCUUCACAGGUUUCACUGCAGCUUUACGGAAGCAGAAAAUUACUGCCGUGCCCUGGGAGGACACCUUGCUUACACUUGGAACCAGAAGGUUCAAGAUCUCAUCUGGGACUUUCUGGAAGAAGGAAAGAAGUGGUGGGUUGGGCAAAAUGUAAUGCUGCUGGGGAAAGAUCAAGAAAACAACCCAAAUGUCACAGCCGCCCGAGCCACCAAGCCUACCAGCUGCACUUACGUGUCCAGAAAGUCCAACCGGGUCUCAUCAAAAGUAGACUUGUGCUCCCUGGGGCAUUAUUUCAUUUGCCAGGCUGACCAAGAUACAAGUUAUGAAAGAAAUGGAAAUAAUUCUCAUUCACAUCGGAGACCCAAAAAGACAAAAAGAGAAGUCGCAAUACCAAGAAACAAAAUGGCCUCAGGAGCCACUCAUCAUUCAAACAAAUGUCACCAACCUGCUCUUGCUAAUCCUUCCAAGACCCUGUGCCAUUCUGCCAGCCCGUUUCCUUCAGUCCUCCCCGCAGUCACACAGCAGGGACUGUCAGUCACCCCUGUGCCUACCAGCCAGCCACUCCCUGUGACGGCAGAGCUCCCCAGGCCUGCGUCUGUAACACAGGCCGGAAACGCUCUGGUGGGAAUAACUUCAAGCCCCAAAGAGGACUCACAUCCAGACGUCUCCACCACUCAUCCCCAAGCAUCAUCUCAGAGCGCAUCCAAUCAGGUCACAGAUGAAAGGGCAUGGAACUUCAGCAAAGCGAUGCAUGGUUUGCAACCUCACAGCCAACUGCAGAAAGCUUGUGAGGUGCUCCAGAGACUGACAGCCAUGAUCCCAGGACUGUCCGAGUCAGUGCAGGUCAAUGUUGUCGACUCCCUUAUUUACUGGAGUGGCCAAUUACUGAAAAGCCCAUUUCAGAACAACAGCACUCUGGGCUUCAAAAUUCCUGUGACUGUCUGCCUCGUUCACUCCCUCAGCAGUGUAGUGAAAGCUGACGAAGCAAUUGGGCCAAGAUCCAAGCAUGACAUUGAGCAGGUAGAAAAUAUUCUGAAAAAGUCCUUGAUGGCCCUUGGGGAGAUCCAGGAAACAUUUCUACGGCAGCAUCCAUUUUCUGAGUCUUCGGUGACUUUGACCUCUUCCAUUGCUACCCUGAUGUUGAGCAGCCAAAACAUAUCAACUUUGCCUCUGAGCUCUUACACUCUCGGAUACCCAGCACCCAUGCGGUUAGCCUUCCCAUCAGCUUCGGCGCUGGAGGAGCUCUUGAAUAAACACCCAGGAGUUAAUGUUCAAAUAACAGGACUAGCUUUCAAUCCCUUCAAGGAUUUUGAUGACAAGAACAUUGUUGGAAGCGUCGGAAGUGUGGUACUAAGUUCUAAUCAUAAAUUGCUCCGAGUCCAUGACUUAAUGGAGGAUAUUGAGAUCAUGCUCUGGAGAAAUGCAAGCAUGGAAACCCACCCCACCAGCGUCAACAUGAGCACGGACUAUUUUACCAUCACAGUGAACGUCACUUCCCUGGAGAAAUCCCUGAUCGUGUGCAUAGAGCCUGAAAGUCCCGUUUCAAUGACACUCUACCUGGGGUUCGAGUAUCAGCCUAACCACACUUUCUUUCACCUGAACAUGACCCUGCCAAAGGCUCAGGUGGAGCAGAAAGAUGAGGAGUAUACAUGGGUGCUGACUCCAGGGAGUUUGCAGCAUGGGAUCGGCAUCUACUACAUCACAGCCGUGUUGAAUAAAAGCAAGGAGGAGGCUCAGCGGACUCCCACCCUGUUCUCCAUCGUCACUGCCCUCACUCAGUGCUAUUUUUGGGACAGUCACAACAGCACGUGGAGGAGCGACGGAUGUCAGGUCGGGCCACAGAGCACAGUGGUGAGGACCCAGUGCCUCUGUAACCACCUGACCUACUUUGGCAGCGACUUCUUCAUAGUGCCCCGGACAGUGAAUGUUGAAGAUACGAUCAAGCUAUUCCUGCGCGUGACCAACAACCCUGUUGGGGUGUCCUUGCUGGCCAGCCUUUUGGGGUUCUACCUGCUCCUGUUUGUGUGGGCUUGGAGAAAGGAUCAGGCAGAUAUGCAGAAGGUGAAGGUCACUGUCCUGGCCGAUAAUGACCCCAGCUCUCGGUGUCGCUACCUUAUUCAGGUCUCCACUGGAUAUCGAAGAAGGGCCUCUACAACAGCUCAGGUGGUGGUCACCCUGUAUGGGUCAGAGGGACGGAGUGAGCCCCAUCACCUCUGGGACGGCCAGAAGGCAGUCUUUGAACGAGGGGGACUGGAUGUCUUCCUGCUCGGCACCCGGUCCUCCCUGGGGGAGCUGCACAGCCUCCGGCUCUGGCAUGACAACUCGGGCGCCAGCCCUGCCUGGUAUGUAAACCAGGUAAUUGUCAGCGACAUGGCAGGUAACAGGAAAUGGCAUUUCCUAUGCAAUUGUUGGCUGGCCGAGGACCUUGGAGAUUGUGAGCGUGACCGGGUCUUCAUACCAGUCUCAAAGAAACAGCUCUUUUCCUUUAGACACCUGUUCUCCUCCAUGAUCGUGGAGAAGCUCACCCAGGAUUCCCUGUGGCUCUCGGUGGCCACUCGCCAUCCCUGGGACCAGUUCACGAGAGCCCAGCGGCUCACGAGCUGCAUGGUCCUUCUGCUCUGCAACAUGGUCACCAGCCUCAUGUUCUGGAGGACGAGCGGCCCCCCCGCCCACAGAGACGAGCAAGUGGGUCCGUGUGCCGUGACCUGGUCCGAACUGCUUGUCAGCAUCCAAACUGCCGUCAUCCUUUUCCCAGUCAACCUCGUCAUAGGGCGGCUCUUCCCACUGAGUCAGCCCCAGGAGCCUCUGCCCCCCUCAGCUCCCCGGCAGGCCUCCUGCUUCUCAGAUGCGUCUUCUGAGCCUCUCUCGGCCUCAGAGGCCGUGGAGGAGCUGAAGGAAACGGUGGGGUUUCUGCUCAGGAGAGACCCGGGCCUCCUCUCAGAACAUGAUCCGUCCUCGUGGGGUUCCUACAGCGUGAGCCAGCUGGUGGCGCUGUUAUCCAGCCUCAUUCGUUCUCACCUGGAGGCAGCACCCUGCGGGGCAAGUGUGGCUGCUGAAAACCGCCGUCAUCUCCGCUGCUACCUGCUCAGGGUUCUGCAGAGGCUGCGGUCGCACUUGAGCACCUUGGGUCCCACCCAGUUCGACCAGCCUGGCGACCUCCUGGGUGCAGCCAGCCACCUGCAGAAGCUCCAGGAGCUCCUGGAGACACACAUCCUCCCCGCAGAGCCAGGGCCCGCCGGGGAGGCAACCAGUUUCCCCAUCCUGAGCCCAGAAGGAGGGCGGAGGUCCACCGCGAAUGGUCUCUCCAGGUGGUUGGCUCCCAUCUGCUGGCUCCUGCUGGGCGCCACUAGCCUGGCCGCGGCCUUUUUCACAGCCCUGUACAGCCUGGAACUGAGCAAGGACCAGGCCACCAGCUGGCUCAUCUCUAUGAUCCUAUCGGUGCUUCAGAACGUCUUCAUCAUCCAGCCAGUGAAGGUGGUCUUCCUCUCGCUGUUCUUGUCGCUGGUCCUGAACAGGGUGCCCUGCCUUAGCAAAGAGAAGGAUCAGCAGACAAAGAGGAUCCUGGCACUCUCGGCAAAAUGUCCUCCAUCAUUGCCUGGUUCAAGAGAUAAGAGGAACCCUGUCUAUGUAGCGCCAGCUAUGAACAGUCCAGUUACGCGCCCAGAAAGAACCUUGAAAGAGAAGCAGCUCUUCAAGCUGACGGGGGAGAUUUUGGCACAAAUCCUCUUCCUGGUCCUGUUGAUGACUGCGGUCCACUCCUCGCAGAACCCCAGCCGCUUCCACCUCCAUCGGGCUCUCAGGAAGAGCUUUUCUCGCGGCUUCUCGGAGAUCAGCCUUCUGCAGCACUUCUACCCCUGGGCCAGGCACACCCUCCUUCCCAACCUGUAUGGGGAUCACAGAGGUAAGGACACAGUCCUGGGCCCGGCAUGCAACUGUGGGGUUCAGUUACUUUCCCAGACACCCCACCAUGAUGUGCUGGACACGGGAGGAAGGUCAGCUGCCUUUUCCGCAUGGCUGUACCCAUGAGGGGGAAGGCGCGGCACCCCAAGGAUUCCACUCCCUGGACCUCAUCUGAGCAGGUUCAGGUUUAUGUUUCUCCAGUCAAGGGUGAUCAGGCCCCUGGGGUGGAUCCCCACUGGUGAGUCUCACAAGAGGCUGAUAAGAACUCAUGACUCCAUGUUAUUUUCAGGUGCUUUCUUCGCCUCUGUAAGACUGGACACUUUAACUUCCCUUCAGACAUCAAGGAAGGACUUUGCCUGGUCUGUUGCCUCACAAGUCAUCUAUUAUCUACUAGUCUGUUACUACGGCUUCAUACAGGGUCGCCGGCUGAAACAGCAGAGAUGGAGGUUCUUAACGAGGAAGAAAAACAUUCUGAACAUGAGCAUAAUCCUUACCAGCUUUGCCAUCUUGAUGCUUGACAUCAAGCUUAUUUCUCUACAUAAGAAGAACAUGGCACAAUACCACUACGACCGUGACAGGUUCAUCAGCUUCUAUGAGGCAGUAACCGUGAACUCGGCUGUCAUUCACCUCAUGGGCUUCCUGGUUCUGCUGGCAACUGUUCAGCUAUGGACGCUGCUGCAUCUUAACCCCCGGCUGCAGGUCAUCGGAAGAACACUCACCAAAGCCUGGGAUGAGGUGGUGGGCUUCCUGCUGGUCAUUGUGAUCCUGCUGACAGGCUACGCCAUGGCUUUUAACCUGCUGUUUGGAUGGAGCAUGUCCGACUACCGAACGUUUGUCAGCUCAGCAGUGACUUUUGUUGGUCUCCUGAUGGGAAUCUCUCAUUAUAAGGAGAUUAUUGCUUUAGACACAGUCCUGGGAUCCUUUCUGAUCCUCACCAGUGUCAUCUUGAUGGUACUUGUGAUCAUUAACCUUUUUGUUUCUGCCAUUCUCAUGUCCUUUGGUAAAGAAAGAAAGUCCCUUAAGACUUGGAAAGAAGCUACACUGAUGGAUAUGCUGCUGCAGAAGCUCUCAAGUUUGUUAGGAAUCCAGUGCACCAGAACACACGUCCUGGAAGCCGCUGCAGAGUGCCAGAGGAGUGACCAUGCAAACUCACAGGUGCUUUCUGGGCUUAAAUACAGAGACUGAAAGGGUUCCUUACCGCUGCAGGCAUCCACAUUACCCAGGGAGCCAAAG